AUGGCGUUCUCCAGCAAAACCACCCGUCUCCUCGUGCUCCUGCAGAUCGCUCUGUUCGUCGUCUCCACGCUGUUCAUGCCGCGCUCCGUCUGCCAUGGAGCCCGAGGCGUUGGGCCAGGUACCAUUGGUUACGGGCCUUUCGACCCAAACCGUCCUGCGUGCCUUGGUGGGCGGUGCCCCCGCCCUGGUGGCGGCGGGCCCUACACGAACCGCCCUGGUGGCGGGCCUGGUAGCUACUAUCCUGCCAAACCCGCUGCACCUUCGAACGGAGAAACCUCAAGUCCUUGA